UAUCGAUAACAAUCAACGAAGCCGCGGAUCAUCUUCGCGCGCAUUGGCUGGAGCUCUUCCUUGUCGCUUUCGUCGCAUGCCUUGAGAUGAACUGCUCGGUCCGGAUACUGCGGCCUGUAGCACGGUCAAGAUGGCGCGGCGCAUCUCUGAGGAGGCCAUUGAGCGUGUCGGCCGCCGAGUUGCGCUUCGGGCAGCCGCUUCAUGAGACGCACCCGCACCUGCUGAAGCCUGGGGAAAUCACCCCCGGUAUCACCGCGCAAGAGUACUACGACCGGCGGGCCAGGCUUGCGAAGGCGCUCCCAAAGGGCUCCAUUGCCGUGCUCGCCGCCUCCGACGUCAAGUACCGCUCGGGCGCUGUCUUCUACAAGUUCCACCAAGAUCCUGAUUUCCUGUACUUGACAGGCUUCAACGAACCGGACGCCCUUGCCAUUAUCGAAAAGAUCGACGACGACGAGCACAACUUCCACCUCUACGUCCGUCCCAAGGACCCCAAACUCGAGCAAUGGGAGGGGUCACGAUCCGGCAUACAAGCCGCCGAAGACGUCUUCAACGCCGACACCACGGGCGACAUCAACAACCUGCCCAAGAUCCUGCCCGAGGUGCUGAAGCGCGCGGAGCAGGUAUACACAGACCUGCCCAACAACCGGAUAAACAGAAACCUGCUAUCGAGAUACUUGUCUGGUGCAGAGCCCUCGCGGACGGGCGGCAUCGUGACUGUGUUCCGAGAAUCAGAGAAGAAGAUCAAGCCGCUUAGGGCAUACUUGAACGAGCUGCGGGUCAUCAAGAGCGAGGCCGAGCUCAAGAACAUGCGGAAAGCGGGACAGCAUUCUGGGCGCGCCAUCACAGACGCGAUGCGGCAGACGUGGACUGCGGAGAAAGACCUUGAUGCCUUUUUGGACUACUGGUUCAAGCAGGACGGCUGUGAUGGCCCAGCGUACGUCCCCGUGGUCGCGGGUGGCAUCAACGCCAACACGAUACACUACGUCACCAACGAUAUGCCGCUCAAACCCGACGAGCUUGUGCUCGUGGACGCUGGUGCCGAGUAUGGAGGUUACAUCACGGACAUAUCACGGACGUGGCCUGUCAGUGGAAAGUUCAACCCCGCGCAAAAGGAUCUCUACCAGGUGCUCUUGAAUGUGCAGAGAAGCUGCGUGUCGCUAUGCACCGUCUCUUCUCAGCUCACGCUAGACCGCCUCCACAGGAUCGCAUCGCGGACGCUGGCAGACGGACUCACGGACCUCGGCUUCGACAUGUCCAACGACGCCAUCGAGAAAUUGUUCCCGCAUCAUGUGGGCCACUAUGUUGGUUUGGAUGUGCAUGACAGCCCGGGCUUGACAAGGGGAAAGGCCUUUGAGAAAGGCAUGUGCGUGACAGUCGAGCCUGGCAUCUACGUACCAGAUGACGAGCGAUGGCCAGCUUGGGCGCGGGGCAUAGGCAUGAGGAUUGAAGACAGCGUGUGCGUGGAUGACGAUUCUCCUUACAUAUUGACCACGGAAGCGGUCAAGGAGAUCGACGACAUUGAAGCGCUGAAGGGGACCGAAAGCCGGUUGAACUGAGUCUCGACACUUGUAUCUAUUAUGUACUUUAGCUGUGUUAUGUACAGUCCUGCGCUACUCUUCACAGAGGGUAGAGCCUUCGCAGUCGUACUAUCAGACGCUGU